UCUCAGGUUAUUAAAUGCAAAGCAGCCAUUGCCUGGGAAACAGGCAAGCCCCUUUGCAUAGAAGAGGUUGAGGUAGCUCCCCCCAAGGCUCAUGAAGUUCGUGUGCAGAUAAUCGCCACUGCCCUGUGCCAUACUGAUGCCCAUAUUAUCAAUCCUAAAUUUAAAGAGGCCCUUCUCCCAGUGAUCCUUGGCCAUGAAGGUGCAGGAAUUGUGGAAAGUGUUGGGCCAGGAGUGACCAACUUCAAACCAGGUGACAAAGUAAUUCCACUCUACAUGCCUCAAUGUAGAAAAUGCAAGUUCUGUCUGAGUCCACUCACAAAUUUCUGUAAAAAACUCAGUCCAGUGAAAAAUCCUCUUGUUGAUCAAGAACUACUGGAAGACAAAACCAGUAGGUUUACCUGCAAAGGAAAACCAAUUUACCAUUUCAUGGGGACCAGUACCUUCACUCAGUACACCGUAGUGUCGGAUAUAAAUCUUGCCAAAAUCGAUGAUGAUGCAAAUUUAGAGAGAGUUUGUCUGUUUGGAUGUGGGUUUUCAACUGGCUAUGGAGCUGCAAUCAACAAUGCCAAGGUCACCCCUGGUUCUACUUGUGCCAUCUUUGGCCUAGGAGGUGUUGGUCUUUCCGCUAUAAUGGGUUGUAAAGUAGCAGGAGCUUCCAGAAUCAUAGCUAUUGACAUCAACAGUGAGAAAUUUACAAAGGCCAAAGCCCUUGGAGCCAGUGACUGCCUCAAUCCUCGAAACCUAGAUAAACCCAUCCAGGAGUUCAUCAUUGAAAUGACCAAUGGAGGUGUGGAUUUUGCCCUUGACUGUGCAGGUGGACCUGAAACCAUGAGAGCAGCCCUGGACAGUACAAUAGUAGGCUGGGGAUCAUGUACUUUCAUUGGAGUAGACUCUGAAAUGAGAGGCUUGAUGGUAUCUCCAGUGGAGCUAAUAAUGGGCCGUACCAUAAAUGGAACAUGCUUUGGUGGUUGGAAAAGCAUCGAUUCUAUCCCAAAGCUGGUUACUGACUACAAGAAUAAGAAAUUUGAUCUGGACAUACUGGUGACUCAUACCCUGCCUUUUGACAAAAUCAAUGAGGCAUUUGACCUGAUGAACCAAGGCAAAAGCCCUGUUUUACCACUACGAACUGUAAUCACAAGCAGUGGGAUAUCAGAAGCUAUAUAA